UUUAAUUGAAAAUGCUUUCAAAUGUUUUUUUAACGUGAAUUUUGUGAAACAUGUUUAGUUACCUUGUUUAUGAAAUGUGAUAAAUAAAUAAAGCUCCCUUGCCUUUUAAGUGUCCUGGAAAUAAGGUUGAGUGGAGCACGGCGUAAUGAUUAUUGAGAUUCAGAAAACUUUAUACAACAUAAAUAAAAAAUGAAAAGUUAAGUCGGGUCAUAAAUAAGUACUAAGGGUGUGGUAGUGGUGGAAUCUAUACAUUGAUAUACACAAUAGAUAUACAUUAUUGCAUUGAUAAAUCCUCAUUACAUGUAUUGUUUUAAUUACACUACAAUAAUACAGUACAGAAUAAAAUACCCUAUUGUGUUUUCUGCAGCAUAUAAAGCAUGUCUGCCUUACAAUUUUGAGGUUUAAUGAGAUUUUAAUCCUCAUGACACACCUUAAAUAGUAUUCCAGAUAGGCUGUGGAUUGCAGUGUAAUCUGGGAUUUGGUGACUCAGUGCUGAGUGGUGUGAAACGCCAGGGGACGACCCAGACGCUACACCAUAUAGUCGAACCCAGUGCUUGUGUGCGAGUGUGUGUGUGAGGGAUCAUUACAUAAGAGUCUACCAAUUUGAACAUGUAGAAGACAAGAUUUUCAAAAUCUGUAGGUUGACCCCAAUAGGUGAUUUGUCGUGAAUGUCUGGUGUGUUCUUUAUCAUUCAGUUUCUGAUAUGAUAUUUUGACAAUAAAUAAUGUAUUACUGAAAGUUGGGUUCCACCAAGAGAGGGACCACCCUGUUCUGUUUUGUUUUUAUAUUGUAGAAGAAUGCUGAUUUCUUUUCAGUCGGACAAAUAGAUUGUGAAUAGAGAGUGAACUCCUCCAAAAGUGUGUUCUCGCUCAUCCAAAACCUCAACUGUGUGCGUGCGGCACGCCUAAGCUCAUCUCAUCCACUCUUUCUCCCAUCGGGAUUAUUAUUCUGUCCAUUGUCAAUCCCCAAACUCGUGCAUUGAUAGCGGGAGCGAGUCAGUCGGGCCAAGGAGCUUCAUGGAAGCCUGCAGGCCAUCGUGCUACUAGCGAGUGGAGCUGUCAGGAACGCUGUGUUGGGAUUGGCAGGUUGGUAAAUGCGAGAUGUUUCCUUGGUCAGCCAUCUUCUCCUUGGAACCCAAAGUGCCAGGCCAUCGCACUAGUGAAGAACUGGUCACCAACACACUGAUGCUGGAGCUGGGCGCCAUGGUGAAGCGCACUGAGCGCAUCUGCUUGGAACGGGCCUCCGAGUUCCAGCGUCGACGACGCAGCAGCAGUUGCAGUUCGUCUGCAGCGGCGGACUACAGUUGGUUGGCCAGCGCACCCAACCCGCAACCUUACCAGUUGGCGCCCAAUGACCUGCUAGACUUGCAGGACCUCUGUGCCAAGGUGCCACCCUCACAGUGCGGUCCCGUCAUUGUCAGGUUCAGGAGGCUGGUGUCCAAGAUGGAGCCGGAGGUCUACGAGGUCCCGCGUCUGUUUCGCUCGGCGCUGCACGAAUGCCUGGAAGAAAUCACAAGAGGAGAAGAAGGAGUGCAACACAAUAUGCUGAUGAAGCAGCAGCGCAGCAAGAGCCUCUCCUUUGUCACGUUCCGUAGCAAGUUCCGAACAGGCUACUUCUCAAUGGGGAGCGGCCCGAGGGGCUCCAGGGCCGACCUGCAGCAUCAAGUGGAUUGGUCAGAUGAGGAGCGGGAGGAAGAAGAUGACGGAGAGGAACGGGAGGAAGAGGCCAUCAGGGCUCGCGCCAGGAAAGGGAGGAGCAGGAGCAUGCCGGACAUCGCACCUUUGGAACAAAGUGCGGAAGGAUGAGGAUGAUAACGUUGAUGAAGAUGGAAGGGUGCUGUAGGAUGGAGAAGAAAGGAUCAAACAUAAAGUAGGCAGGGUAGGGUCAGAGUAUUGUAAACACAUGAGUAUACGUUGGACUCUCGACAUUUGUGAAGAAAUAGAUUUGCAAAGAUUUAAGUAAACUUUUCCAAAUGAUUUUGGGGCUGACUGAAUCUGCCCUCAUUUCUUCUCUAACACAUUGAGGUAUUCAUAAUGAUAUCAUAAUAUGUAAUUCAGUAAAGUAUUUUGUCAUAUUUAUUAAUUUAAAUGACAACACAUGGUGAAAUCUGUAAGCUUUCACAAGCUUUCACUUGUCCAACAAAAAUGAAAACAUCUGAAAACCUGAUAUAAAAGAAAAAAGCAAAGACUUAAAAAAUAAAAAUCAGCAUCAAAAAUAGAUUUUGAGAUACACAAAGCCAUUUCUGAUUCAAAGGUAAUUUUGCAAUUUCUUUUUCCAAUUGACCAGCCUUGGCGUUAAUCAGUAGCCAAGUAUAGCGCUUGAAUUUCAAAAAGGUUGGUGACCCUUAUGUUAAAUUUAAAAUAACCUAACUGCAAUACUAUAUAUAUAGUAAAAUGGAUGACAUAUACACAAUGUGACACUGUGUAUACAAUAACAUUUUAGAACAAUGUAAAAUACAAUGACUCCUAAUACGUAUUUAUAUAUAUCUAAUUUUAACAGCUAAGUCUGAUUAAAAAAACUCAAAAACCACUUCAUUAGGUACACAGUACUGUUACAACAAAUGCAAUAAUACCAAAACAAAUUAUUUUGUAUGAGAAUGUACCAAUGUUGUGGCCCGCAAAUGUUUUUUAAAUAGAAACCCAGGAUGAUAUUUUGCUGUGUACUAUGAGUAACAUUGCCUGCAAUUCAGUGUCAUCAUUUCUGUGUGAAUAAAUCAGCUUUUUGUUACCAGUUGAAUAAAAACAAUACAAUACAUGCUGAUUUUUAGAGCGCUUCACAAAAA